AUGUCGCUUCCGCACUGCUCGCCCGGGCUCUGCGGGACAGAAGCUCGGGCCCGCCGGGGGUCCGGCCGCCAGGGCAGCGCCCGGAGGCGGUGACAGCGGGACAGCUGUCGGGGUCUCGGAGUCUGCAGGGCAGCAGUCGCGGUCGGGGCAGGGGCGGGCGCUGCGCCGGCGUUUCCGGGACGGCGGCGCUGGCGCGGCAGGUGCCCCGCGGCUCGCAGGUGGCGCUCGCGAUCCCGCCGUGGGGCGUCGGUCGGGGACUCCGGCAGCGGGGACGAAAGCGGCCUCCGGAGGGGCGGGGAGCGCGGGCGGCCGGCGGGCCCCACCCGGCCCUGUCCUCCCGGCUCCCCGGGGCUCCGCGGGGCACAGCCGCAGCGCAGCUUCCGGUGAGGGCGCGGCCUGAGGGGCGAUGACUCUGGUCCGUCGUGUCCCCCCUGUCGCCUACAGCUUCCUCUGACCUGCCCUCUUUGGUGAUCGCCCCACCCCAGCUGCCAGGAGCCCACCUCUCCUCGUCACAAGGUCUUCCGUGCCUGGCCCCUGGUUUGCCCCCCAGCUCUUCCUCUCCUGCACUGGCUCCCUUCCGGGGCCACAGCCUCUCCCUGGGUUCCGGCCUCCUGCAAUGUCUGGUCCACGCCACCCCAGCGACUCCCCAGGCCUGCAGCCCUUCCCACCCCCACCCUGUGCCUUGCUGUCCGUCCACUUCCCGCCCAGCGCAGGGAGGGCCCCUCAGCGCAGUGCUGGGAACGAGCCGCCAGCCACACUCUACCCACCCUCUCCCUGCUCCCGUCCCCCUCUCUCAUCUCUUCUGAUGCUCCGCUUGGCCUCGCAGCACCCAAUGGGCCGCUGAGACCCCCACGCCCAUGGCCAGCCCUGGGAAGCCUGGAGCUGGGGAGGCCCAGGAGCAGGACGGGAACAAGGAGGGGGGCUGCACGGGGCCGCAGGCGAUGCUGGAGCAGGCCCAGGAGCUGUUCCUGCUGUGUGACAAGGAGGCCAAGGGCUUCAUCACCCGGCACGACCUGCAGGGCUUGCAGAGCGACCUGCCCCUCACGCCCGAACAGCUGGAGGCCGUGUUUGAAAGUCUAGACCAGGCCCACACUGGCUUCCUCACCGCCCGGGAGUUCUGCCUUGGCCUGGGGAGGUUUGUGGGGGCGGAGGCGGCCCAGGGCCCUCCGGUCUCCCGGACUCCCGAGGAAACCUUCGAGUCGGGCUGGUCCGACGCGCAGGGCCCCGGGGGCUCUCCCGAGGAGGACGACGAACGAGUCUGCGCCGCGCUGGAGCAGCUGGGGGUGGCCCGGGUCCUGAGCGAGCAGCGGGCCGUGAGGGCGCUCUGGGCCCGGCUGCAGCGCGAACGCCCCGAGCUGCUGGGCCCUUUGGAGGACGUCCUGCUGCGCGCGUCCGACUGCCUGGAGGCGGCGGCCCGAGAGCGGCGCGGCCUGGAGCGGGCGCUGCGGCGGCGGGAGAGCGAGCACGAGAGGGAGGUGCGCGGCCUGUACGAGGAGCUGGAGCUGCAGCUCGGCGAGCGGCGCCAGCCUGUGCGCGGUCAGAACCGCCCCCGGGAGGAGCGGAGAGGCCGCCUGGAGUUGGAGCUGCAGAGCCGCGAGCAGGAGCUGGAGCGCGCGGGGCUGCGGCAGCGGGAGGUGAGCGGCCGCCGGCCCGCCCGGCCCGGGCUCCCCGUCCUCACCGCCGCCCACGCGCGCCGCGCUAGUCUGCACCCCCCACACCUCCCCAGUUGGAGCGGCAGCUGCAGGCCCGGACGGCGGAGCAGCUGGAGGCGCAGGACCAGAACGCGCAGCUGUGGCGGGCCCACGAGGCGCUGCGGGCGCAGCUGGAGGACGCCCAGGAGCAGCUCCGCAGACUGGAGGGCGACGAGCGGAGCCGCCGGGAGCAGACCCAACGGUGCCCGGGGGCGGCGCUACGAAGCGUCCCCAGAGGCGUGUCCCCGGGGAGGGGGCCGGCCCGGCGGGCGCGGCGGGGCCAGGGCGAACCCAGGGUCCGAGGGGUGGAGGAGAGACGGAGGGUCUUCUAGGGAGUCCCAGGGCGCCCCGAGGAGCCUAGCUGCAACCGGGUCACCACCUGCCACCCACAGAGACGUGGUCGCGGUCUCCAGGAACAUGCAGAAAGAGAAACUCAGCCUCCUACGGCAACUGCAGCUGCUCAGGGAGCUGAACGCACGGUUGCGCGAUGAGAGGGAUGCCUGUGAGGCCCAGCGGCUGGCCAGUAGCCGCAGGAAGGCUCUGGCCACAGCCCGCCUGCCUGGGCCCACCUGCUGCUGUUGCUGCUGCUGCUGCAGUUGGGCUCGUUCUGAGACACGGCUCUGGCCACCUUCCCAGUGCUAGAUGACCAGCCUCCCGUGACUCACUGGGUGUCAUCUGGAGAAGCUGCCCCUUGGAGGCGACUCGUCCUUGGGGGGGGGGACUGCCCAUUCAGGAUGUGGCUCUACCCAGCGGGCAUGCCUGAGGGAAGACAUGUAGGAACUAACCUGCGGGUGGUCAGGGUCUCCUGUGCCCCCUGCCAGUCUUCAUCCUGUCCCCAUCCCAUUAACCAUCUCCGCCCAGCAGAAAAACCUCCUCUGCCAAAUAAAGUCCAUUGACUGCA